GUCCACGGGAUGAAUAUGCAGCAGGAGAUUGGGUUCCAGAAAGACAGCCAGGGAGAAUACAAAUCUUCGCAGUGCAUCCACAUGGAUUGUCUCCGGUGGGUGAAGAGAGACAGUUACCUCCCAGUGGGCAGCCACAAUUUAAAAGCAGCCGCCAAAGCGAAGUUGGGUUAUGAUCCGGUGGAGCUAGACCCUGAAGAGAUGUGCCGAAUGGCGAUCGAAGAGCCUCAGACUUUGGCCACCUAUUCAGUGUCCGAUGCUGUUGCCACCUACUACAUGUACAUGAAAUAUGUGCACCCUUUCAUCUUCGCCUUGUGCACAAUCAUUCCGAUGGAACCGGACGAGGUGCUCCGGAAAGGCUCCGGAACCUUGUGUGAGGCCCUGCUCAUGGUCCAGGCCUAUCACGCCAACAUCAUCUUCCCCAACAAGCAGGAGCAGGAAUUCAACAAGCUUACGGAGGACGGGCAUGUGCUCGACUCGGAGACCUACAUCGGGGGCCACGUGGAGGCCCUGGAGUCGGGGGUCUUCCGCAGCGACAUCCCCUGCCGCUUUAAAAUGAGCCCUCGCAUCACAACUGAACCGCAAGACGUCGAUGUUACUCUGGGCAACACCGUCUAUUUCAUCUGCCGUGCAGAGGGGAAUCCGAAACCUAAGAUUAUCUGGCUUCACAACAACAACGAGAUUGACAUGAGGGAUGAUGGGCGGCUGAACCUGCUACAAGAUGGCACAUUGAUGAUCCAAGACACUAAAGAAUCCGACAAGGGAAUCUAUCAGUGCCUGGCCAAGAACAUUGUGGGCGAAGUGAAGACUCCUGAGGUUGCCCUGCGCUACUUCGGCAUUCCUU